ACCGUUUGGACUUAGACGAGCACAUUGCUGAAUGUCCCAGAAUUGAGAUUAGCAAAUGCACUAAAGUGGUGACAGAAUGGUGGUCAAAUCAAGGCAAAAGAAGCGUCGAUCGUCCGGGCUCAAGAUGGGUCGACGAUAUAGAUCAAUUCUAGGGUCGAAUCUAAAUGAGGCUGGCACUAGGCCGUAGAAAAUGAUACGAAACAAUGAAGGCCUAUGCACAGCAUUGGAAGGACAAGGGAUGAUGAUGUAAACCAGUAAAAUUUCGGACGUUAUCGUUGAAUAUUGAGAUUUGAGUAUUUAUUCAUAUAUUUUAAUUCCACAAAAUCAUUUAAAACUUUUGAGAUUAUUGAAAUGACAUUUCAUAGCUAUCUCUUUUCAGCGUAUCUAAUUAUACGUAACAGAGACAGAAAACAUGCUUUUAACAGUUUACGCUCAUCAUUCUAAUAGGUUUAUCCAAUUACUAAUCAAGUCGAUUUUGUGAAAAUGAUAGUAAAGAGUUAAUUAUCGAACAGUAGUAGAUAGCUUUAAUCACAUUCUGGGUUUAAAGCGAUGAAGACAAUGAGAAACGCAGAUUUUACUUUGAUAAUCUUUUAUGUUGCGAUAAUUGUGUUAGCUCUAAAUGUGGAUGUUGCUGAAUCGGCAAAAAAAGGUAAAGGCAAAAACAAAGAUGAAGAAGAAGAUUAUCAUUACGACGAGGAAUCAACGACCGAGAAUGCAAGUGCCAAACAAAAGGAGUUAAUGAAAGAAAUGAAACAGUUUAAAAGAAUAAAACCGGCCCCCAUAAUAACUUAUGGACCUUACACAUUUGAAGGAGUCGAUUACCAGGACAUGCCAAAGCACUUUUUCGAUACAUACCAUGACUGCUAUUAUGAACAUCUUCGAUGCAUCAGAUUUACAACUCAUCUGCACGUAGUCUGUGUAUAUGAUUUAUGGAAAGGUUGGUUGGAUUGGACAAAUCAUUGCCAAGUGGAUCUUACGAAUUGCAUCCACAGAGUGUCCAAUUCCAAAGGAUUCUAUGGAACAUCGAAUAGAAAUGAUGUAAUGUAUUAUAACGGUGACGGCGUAGGUUGUUCACAAACUUUGAGAAAUGGAAGGAAAUCAGAACCAGAUUCAGUGAUUUCUUUUGUGAGACAAAGGCGCCUUGGGAACGACUUGCAAGAUUAUACGUUUAAACAAGAGAAAAAAAUUCAAAAAAUAAAAUUGAAAAAGUAGCAAGUUGCGAUUCCAUUUGAUAUAUUGCUAUAAACUCUCUAUUUCAAUUCCGUCAUCACUCAAAGGUGUAAAGAAAUAGCUAAGCAUUAAUUUUGAAAUGUUCAGAAUUUAAUUUUGUUUAAUUAGAAUUAUCCGAGGAUUGACAAUAUACAUUUUUUGAGUGAAGGUUACCACCCGAAAACCAAAAAAUGGAGUAGGAGCUUUUCCCAGCAAGAUACCAUAUGCUACGCCAAAAAAGUAUGACUACGUUAGCUCAUGAAUAAAAACUCUUAAUAAGUCUUAAAUUAAUAUGGCAAUUUCAGAAGAAAACUCAUUCUUGAACAUUGGAGAGUUAAAUUGAUUUAAAUUUCUAACAAAAUUGAAAAAGAUUUUCAAAACAAAUCCCCGACAAACGCGAAAUUGUCAGUACAAGUUUCAAACAAACUUCGCUUCUUACAAAGAAAUUAAUAAUCUGAGAUUUAUGUACAUUAGCUUUAAGAAACCGGGUGUUCUUUAUUAGUUGAAAUUUUUGGAAGUUACCGCUCGGUAUACACUUAUUUUGAACGAUAAUGUCCUAGCAGAAGUUUAGAAGUGGUCCUUUCUGUGUAAUUUGAAAUAACUUGUGUAUUUUGAUGGCUAUAUCUGUCGUUGUAUUUUGUUUGAAGAUAAGGGCUAACUAAAAAAAUCUUAAAUUGAACAUAAUAUCUUGGACUUGAAUGGCCUGUUGGACUCGUAGUAGUGGCCCUAGCGACUGUACCGGAGGUCGUAGGUUGAAUUCCCACCUAGGACAAAUGUUUGUGUGAUG